AGAGAGAGAGAGAGAGAGAGAGAGAGAGAGAGAGAGAGAGAGAGAGAGAGAUGAUAUUGCAUGUGUUGCUGCAUGCCUUAUGGCUAACAGCAACAGCAACAUCUCAGGUGCCGCCGGGCUGCCAAGACCGUUGCGGGAACGUUAGCAUCACGUAUCCGUUCGGUAUCGGAAGUUCCGACUGUUACAAAGAUGAUGAAUUCGAGGUGAAAUGUAAGGACUCUUUAAGACGUCCGAAACCAUUCCUACCCGCAAUCGAUGAUGAUGCUGAAGUGCUAGAGAUAUCACUGUCAGGCUUAGUACACAUUAAUCGUCAUAUUGCUUCAGUUUGUUACUCUUCCGACCCAGAUAAAUCAGGCAUUCAGGUCCCUAAUUCCACCACUCUGAUCGAGUUAGAUGAAGACGGUCCAUACACCUUCUCCAGCACUCAUAACAAACUCACAGCAAUAGGUUGCGGUGCGACGGCUUACAUCACGGGUUCACAGGGCGAGACCUACACUAGCGGGUGUAUGUCGUUUUGCGGUUCCAACAUGAGCUCGACGAAUGGGUCAUGCUCCGGCAUCGGUUGCUGCCAGACGAUUAUUCCAAAGGGGCACAAGAGUUUCAUGAUCGCGGCGUCUAACCUCAAUGCAAGCACCUGGGUUUCUGAUACAUGUAGUCAUGCGUUUUUGGUUGAUCAUGAACGGUUCAAUUUCAGCGUGUCGGAUCUUUUAGGCCGCAAUUUCUUGAACAGAAAUAGGCACGUCCCAGUGGCGUUGGAUUGGGCGAUUGGGGAUGAGACAUGUGAAGAAGCUCAAAGCAAGUCAUCGAUUGUUUGCGGCGAUAAUAGCCGCUGUUACGAUUCACCGAGUGGCGUUGGAUAUACUUGCAAAUGCUAUGACGGUUUCGAGGGAAAUCCUUACCUUCCUAGCGGAUGCCAAGAUAUUGAUGAAUGUGCGGACCCCACGAAGAAUCCUUGCAUAUCAGAAUUAGCCUGCAAAAACUCGGCGGGGAGUUAUUGUUGUGAAUGCCCAUUAGGCCUAACAGGCGACGGUAGAAAAGAUGGCAUUGGCUGCAUUUCUCCUUCCAUGGUUUCAUCCGGUGCAGAUUUUCCAGUAAUCAAGGUUACACUAGGUUGUGGAUCAGGACUCUUACUUCUACUUCUUGGAACUUCUUGGUUGUACUGGGGACUUAGGAAGCGAAAGAUCAUCAAACUCAGAGAGAAAUUCUUUCAACAAAAUGGAGGUUACCUACUACAACAGCAGCUCUCUUCGCGUGAAGGCACGGUCGAGGCAGCUAAGAUUUUCACUGCAGAAGAGCUCAAAAGAGCGACGAACAACUACAAUGAAAAUCGAAUCCUCGGAAAGGGAGGCUACGGCACCGUCUACAAAGGAAUUUUGGCUGACAAUAGGAUCGUCGCCAUUAAAAAGUCUAAGCUAGUAGAUGAUAGCCAAAUUGAGCAGUUCAUAAAUGAGGUCGUUAUUCUUUCGCAAAUCAACCAUAAGAAUGUUGUGAAGCUCUUGGGGUGUUGUUUGGAGACUGAGGUCCCAAUGCUGGUCUAUGAAUUCGUCACCAAUGGGACCCUCUUCGAUCGUAUCCAUGGCGAAGCGGGCCCCACAUCCUUCUUCUCAUGGGAUAACCGGUUGAGGAUCGCCGCGGAAACGGCUGGGGCACUUGCCUAUCUCCACUCCGCGGCAUCUGUGCCGAUCAUCCAUCGAGACAUCAAGUCCGCAAACAUACUUUUGGAUGAUAAUUACAAUGCUAAAGUGGCUGAUUUUGGAGCUUCAAGGUUGGUUCCUUUGGAUCAUACUCAACUAACUACAUUGGUACAAGGGACCUUAGGGUACUUGGACCCGGAAUACUUCCAUACGAGUCAGCUAUCUGAGAAGAGCGAUGUUUAUAGCUUUGGAGUGGUUCUGGUGGAGCUCUUAACAGGGAAAAUGCCAUUAUGUUUGGAGAGAUCCGAAAGGGAGAGGAACCUAGCAAUGUAUUUUGUUUCUUACAUGAAAGAGAAUAGGCUAGUCGAGGUUUUAGAGGAUCGAGUUGUGAGUGAAGGAAGGAUCGAACAGGUAGAGGCAGUUGCCCAGCUUGCCAAGAGAUGCUUGAAACUAAGGGGGGAAGAUAGGCCCUUGAUGAAAGAAGUGGCCAUGGAGCUCGAAGGGUUGAGAUUGCUUGAGAAUCAUCCGUGGGUUCAAGACGAGCACGAAGAGAGCGAGCGCUUGCUAGGUGAAGUUCCAGGCUUUGACACGGGGGAUUCUAAUGCAUUCGACAGUUUAAGAAACCACAUGAUGAUGCCAUUAGAUACAAGAUGAUGACGAUUUAGCAAAGCAGAUACACUAUCAAGAAGUGGAUUUUGUAAGAAAAUCAAUCAGAUAAGAUUCUUAUGCAUGGUUUAUAUAUGUGAACUUCCUAAAAUUUAGCUGAUCUCAUAGAAGGUUAGUUUUGUAUAUGAAGAAAAACAGAUCUAAAAAUUGUAGCAUCUCCUACUAAGAAUUGUUAUAUAUGAUCUUUUUUCAUUGAUCUUUAUCAUGUGGUUAUGAUUUAA